GCUGAUACUGCAACAGAUAUAUAGCUCUACUAGAUCUAGCCAGUAUGGCUCAGUAUGGACCUGGAAGCAUCGACCCCCAACCUGAGGGUCCUUCAAAUGUGGGUGGGAUAGAAUGCUCACAAAGUGAAAGCGAAAGCAAGAAGAAGGAUUCCACCCCCUCUAACGUUAACUCACUGCUUCUUGCAGAGCCAAACACUGAGGUCAGCCCACUUAUCCCUGCUAUAAACUCCAGCAAGGAUACGUCUGACGGAGAUGACGACCCUGCGAUGUCGUCGUUUACUAUUGUCUCUACGGACCACACGGCCAUGGCAAUCACAAAGUGUGAGAAAUACAUUCUAAAGCCAUACAAAACUUGUCUUGGAGUGAUUGGCUGGCUACCUUUUGGACAGGAGACAGCAGGAAAAGUGGGACAAGCGCUCUUGGUGAUUUUGUGGACGCUUGCUAUAAUGGCUGCCAUGGUAACUCAGAUACUCUCCUGCUUCCGAAGAGACAUGUUUGUCCCCGCCCCAGCGUCCAGCAUCGUCCCUCUUAUACCCAACCUCACGACAAUAACCACACCUACUACCCACCCCCCUCUAACUUGCAACAACCAAAUCAUAUCGUCUCUCAUUCUCCCGGACAUUGUGCUGCUCCUGGCCUAUUUCUUUGGAGUGUACCUUUUCAGUAGAGGAGAAAAAGACUACCUGCACAAUCUGGCCAAUCAGGUGUUUAUUAAAAACUCAGAGUCUGGCAACAUCUCCUACAAUAAAAAGCUCAUCGGAACCCUCAUUGUGUUCUUUAUUGUUGCCCUGGUGUGGUUGCUCCUGUCUCUUGUGAUACGGAUCAUCUCAGCAGUGGCAGGAGACCUGUUUGAUUCCAAGCUUGUCAUAUUAUGGCCUACGGACAUCACAAUUGAGGGCGGAAUUCGUCUGUUUCUGGUCAUUUUCUCUCUGUGUGGUUUCUUCACAUUCGACCUAGUCUACCUCUUCUCUGUGCUCAACUAUGCUGCUCAGGCCGAGAUGAACGUGUACCUACUCUGGGACAUAGCCAGACUCAUUAAGGAGAACAAGUACGAAGAAAUGGACGCUGCUAUUAAGGACAUCUAUGGGUCAAAGCGAUACUUUAAAGCGCUGAAUCGGCAUACAGCUACCCUUACCAGCCUGGUUUUGUUUGACAUCCUCAGUCUAGCCGUGCUAGGGAUAAUUUUCCUUGAAGCAGUCAAUGGAACUAUCAUCCUCGAAAAAGAGCAGUACCUGAAAACACUGUCUGUUGUAGCGGCUGGGUUUAACUGCAUUUCCUGGCUGGUGCUUUUGAUUGUGCCCUUUGUACAGGCUGUCCGAGUGACCAAUGCAGGUAAACAUCUGAAGGGAGUUGGUCUAGAGGUGAGGACACGCCCCUAUGUAUACGAAAACACAUCCAUCAUCGAACUGGACUCUCUCCUCUCCUACCUUCAGACUACACGACUCAGGGCAUGCAUAUUCGGAGUGCCAAUAUUCCCCUGGAUGGUCUACGCUCUGUUGUUCACUUUCACUUUUACUUUUCUUAUACUAUUUCAAGUUGGAACAUUUAACAAUGUCAGUGUUUAUAUUUAGAGUGUUUAGCUUUUAGAGUACUUGGUUUUAGCUAUGUGUGUGUAUUGCAUAGUAUUGUGUGACAUAAUUAUCGAUUCUUACAUUAUUUUGUCAUGUGUGGAAUUUUGAUUAUUGUACAACAAUGAACCUCCUGUUUUAAAAAUUUUGCUAACAGUGUAUAAAAAGGUAUGUACUUUGUACCAUGCAUAAA